AAACCCAAAGACAGUGGUGGAAGCCCGUUUUGCGUGCGCCGACUCCAGUCCUGGGCCGCGAGCUUAUACGGGCUCUCUUCCAAGUCUCCUUGUUCCAAUCCUCACUCAUUCUCUGUGCCCCUCUGGGUCUAGUUCUUGGUUGAUCUAAAUCGCAGAGACGCAGACACGAUGAACAGCGCCGUUAAAGCAGCCAUAUUUAGUGCUCAAAUCAACCCUAUUCUCCUGAGGGCCUCCUUCUUUCAUUCCACUCCCGUCUUGGAACGCAAACGGCGCAAUUCUUGGAACGCUAGCAGUAAAUCCACUUAUUAUUCUAGAAGGUUCAGGAAGCUGCAUUCAAAACAAUCGCUCCUGCGUAAUGUCAGUGCUUAUGCGGACUUGUUGUUUGAGGGAUGGCGGAAUGAGUUUAAUGAGGGAGACCCUUCUUCCAGUGGAGGCACCUCAUGGUUCAAAAAGAAGUAUUCCAAGGGUUCCGGGAGAUGCUGGACUUCAAGUCAAGGAUCACAGAGGCGGGGUAAAAACUUCCAGUUUUGUGAAGAUGAAGUUGAAGUGGAGAACAUUUUCCAUUCUGCAUUUGGUGGAAGCGAAUUCUUUUAUUGGUCCUUCAUAGAUGAAGAUACUUCUCGAUGGAACGGCUCAUCUGGAUAUUCUAAGAACUAUGGAAAUUCUUGGAACUGGAGAUAUCGAGUUGAAGAAGAAUAUGAAGACUACUCAACAGAGUCUGACAGCUCAGAGGGAGAUUUGAUUCCAGAUCGGUUGGCCCUUGGACUGGCUGCUUCGGGCCCACUAAAACUUGAAGAGGUUAAAAAUGCAUAUCGUUCCUGUGCUCUAAAAUGGCAUCCAGAUCGUCACCAGGGCUCAUCCAAGGUUGUUGCAGAAGAAAAGUUCAAACUUUGCAGCGCAGCAUAUCAAUCUUUAUGUGACAAAUUGGCCACUGCUUAAAAGGUUUUCCGCGAAUGCUAAAUGUUAGCCUUAGAUCUGUUCAACUCAGUGGAUUCACUGGGGACAUGUUAGUAGAUGACAUGUACCUCCCCCGUCGGAUUUAGUGGUAGUUCAGAGGUUACGAGUAAUGUUGCUUGAAUUGUUGGCAUACUCUCUCUUGUAGGCCCAUUAUUUAAUAAUCAUUUAGGUAUGGCAAUAAACUUGUGUCUUGCCAUAAUUAGAUAUGACUUAAGAAACCAUUAUUUACAAGUUUCUGAUUAAUAUUUAAAAGAUCAA